CAGAUGGCGAUCUCAUCGUUGAGUUUGGCAUCUGUAAUUUUUUCUCACAAAUCUGAUCUGACAGUUAUUUUCAUUAUACAUUGUGCCUGGUAUUUGUGUUUUGUUUGAUUCCAGUGUCAUGAAACAUUUAGAAGAAUCUUUGUUUAAUCGAGCCUAGCAGUUGUCAACAACUUUUCCAGUUUGCAUCGAUUAUUGAAACAGGGGUGUGCCAAGACGCCCUUGGAAAUGAUUCAAUGCGAUGACUCCUACUUGUUGGUGCGAUUCUGCAGCGACAACCGGUCGAACCAGUGCAUUCCUGAUCAACGAGCGAGCUUUCCGUUUCAGUUCUUGGUUUCUUGGAACAUUCACCAGCAUCAUUUGGUUCACGAUACUGAUUUCAUCGCCGUCUACGCUGAAGGUAAUCCUGCAUGUUUCGAACGAAUGAGUUGCACAAAAGCCGAACCCCGGGGUCAUCUGCUGUGGCCUCUUGAUGUCAACCAAUUGACCGACGACAUCAAAUCCAUCAAUUUCAUUUACGUGUCAGGAGAGACGCAACAGAAUUUGGUCAAAUCGGAGCCUGUCUACAUUGACCAAUUUUUCGGCCGAAACGGUAAAAAUCAACAACCCGAUCAAAUCAGCCCGGAUACUGUGGACAAUGACGAAAUGGUUCGCGUGGCCGCGCUGAUUCACUGCGAUGACCGACAUCAUUAUUCACCGUUGUGGAUGAAGACCACGGGUGAAAGUGUCUACCAUUUUGAUCGAAACGGAUGUGAGCCCAUUUACGAAACUCUCUAUCCGCGACCUUGCGGUCACCAACAGACCGGCGGUAAUGGUCCUCAGCCUCCUCCGCUUCCACCUCGCAAUAAUCCGCUGCCCACGACCAAUUUUCACAAGCCUUUGACUCGCACUAAUGCGCUCCUCAGCUACAGUGGCAGCAAUUCCAGUUUGACCCAGACUAGCAACGGGUCGCCUUCUCCGCCCACACAACAACCGGAAACGGACGAAGUCUUUCAAUCGGAGCCGAUUGCCAGUUCGACUUCUUCUCCGUCCGAUGAAGAACUUGUGAAUUUGAGUUCCUCUCCGCCACCUCCUCCGCCACGAAUCAAAACCUCAGACGCAGAUGUGAAUGAUACCCAACCGACUGAAGCGAGUCAACAGUUGCCUCCGCAAUUGCCAGCACGUCAUGUUACUCACCAGCUUCAUCCUCCAGCUCUUCCGAAACGAAUUGUGUCCACUAGUCCGGAACUUAGCAUUCGAAACAGUCAAAACAAAGCCGCAUCGAUGACAACACUGCUCGCCGAUUCCGGCAAUUCCGCAUCCCAGAUUGGCCAUCAGCAAUUAUUGCCCACCAUCUCCACUCUACCGCAUCGCACGCGCUUCCAGAAAGUGCAAUCCAACAAUUCGGAUGAGGAACCGUUGCCGCCAAUGUGGGAAGCUCGUACCGAUAGCCACGGAAGGGUUUUCUACAUAGAUCAUCGCACUAAAACGACUUCCUGGCAACGUCCUAAGCUCACCGAUGAAUCCAACGUGGCCGAAUCAGUCACGGCAGAAGCCAGUAAUGAUAUUUGGCGUCAACAGCUGGAUCGGCGGUAUCAGAGCAUUCGGAGGACAAUCAAUCGACGUCAAAGGGAAGAAACGAACACGCCGCCUGUUGAAGCCGAGCCACAGCCCAAGCCACCAGCUCCAAUUGAAGCAGCUCCCGCUGCUGUUGCAGCAGCGGAUUUACUCAAUUCGCCAGCAUUGCGGUUCGUGACGAGACCCGAUUUCUUUUCUCUUUUGCACAACAACGACGAGGCACUUCGCUUGUACAAUCGCAAUCCAGCCAUCCGGCAGCUAUUAAGUAAAGUUUGGCGGAAUCCGUCGAGCUUUCAGCGUUAUCAGCAUAAUCGUGAAAUUGUGACAUUGUUGAACUUGUUCGCCGAAGAUUCGCGGCCACUUCCGUCCGGCUGGGAAGCUCGUCUCGACAAGCACGGCCGACCUUUUUACGUGGAUCACCAAAACAAGUCGACAUGGUACAUUGAUCCAAGAUUGCCGCAACUGGUCAGCCCCCCGUCGCAAACUGUAACAACGGACGAUCAAUCCGAUUCCGGAAGAGCUCCUGUACCACCUCCUCGGCCUCCGUUGCCGUUACCAACGGCCACAGGAAAUCAAGGAGCAGUUGCCACGGCUCCGUCAUUUGAGCCCGCCAUUCCGACGGCCUACAACGAAAAAGUUGUAGGUUUUCUCCGCCAACCGAAUAUCGGACACAUUUUGAAAGAGAGAUAUCCCGAUUUCGUUCGAAACAGUCGCUUGCGUGAUACUGUCAAUCGUGUCAGAUCGGAGGGAACCUCAGCGCUAGAUCGUCUCGUCGGAGAAGAUCUAGUCGAUCUGACGAUUGUGCUCAGCUUAUUUGAAAAUGAAAUCAUGUCUUACGUCCCGCCAAAUCCAUCCGCCAGUAGCAACCAGGAGAUUAACGCUACUAGUUUCAAUGGAUCUGCAUCGUCGUCGCACGACUCACCCGCUCCAGUACGUUCCAUUCGAUUACCAUUCCGCCAGGGACAGCGCGACUUUGAGGCGAAAUUGCGACAGUUUUAUCGCAAACUUGAAUCGAAAGGUUACGGUCAAGGUCCAAACAAAUUCAAAAUUCCUGUUAGACGAAGUCAUUUGCUGGAAGACGCGUACACUAAAAUUAUGUCGGCAUCCAAAAAGGAAAUGCAACGCUACAAACUUCAAAUUAGCUUUCUUGGAGAAGAAGGAUUGGAUUACGGAGGACCAUCAAGAGAAUUUUUCUUUCUCAUCUCUCGACAAAUGUUUAAUCCUUACUACGGAUUGUUUGAAUAUUCCGCCAAUGAUACGUACACUGUACAAGUGUCACCAAUGUCCACUUUCGUCGAAAACCACCACGAAUGGUUUCGGUUUUGCGGUCGUAUUCUGGGACUGGCCUUAGUUCAUCAAUAUCUUUUAGAUGUUUUCUUCACUCGACCUUUCUACAAGAGUCUUUUACGAUUACCAGUCGACCUAAGUGACGUGGAAUCACUUGACUCUGAAUUUCAUCAGUCACUCCAGUGGAUGAAAGAAACAGAUCUGAACCAUCUUUCGUCCGACUUGGAGUUAACGUUUGCGGUGACUGAAGACAUUGGCGGUCAACAUGUUGAACGUGAACUCAAAGCCAAUGGCCGUAAUCUUCCUGUUACCGAGAAGAACAAGAAAGAUUACAUUGAACGCAUGAUUCGAUGGAGACUUGAUCGAGGUGUAGCUGACCAAGUGCAAUCUCUAGUCCGAGGUUUCUACGAGGUUCUUGACCCUCGGCUAGUAUCCAUUUUUGAUGCUCGUGAAAUGGAACUGGUACUUGCUGGAACAGCUGAAAUCGACGUGACAGACUGGCGGAAGAAUACCGAAUACCGUUCAGGCUAUCACGAUCAACAUGAUGUCAUCAAAUGGUUCUGGGAAGCCAUAGACCGUUUCACCAAUGAGCAGAGACUUCGCCUUUUACAAUUCGUGACGGGUACUUCUAGCAUUCCAUUCGAGGGAUUCGCUUCACUGCGCGGAAGUACCGGACCUCGGCAAUUUUGUAUAGAAAAGUGGGGUCAGCCAAUCAGCCUUCCUAGAGCUCACACCUGUUUCAAUCGGUUGGAUUUACCGCCGUACGAGAGUGCGGAAGUGUUAUACGAAAAACUACUUCUUGCAGUGGAAGAAACUAGUUCUUUUGGAAUUGAAUAAUAUAGAGCACACUUGUUUUUGUUCCUCCUAAUUCGUCCAUGAAAAUGACAAAAGAUGUUGAUUGCAUGCAGUGCCAAGACACAAGUACCAAAAGCUAUGACCGGUACCGUCCUAGUCAGCGCUUCAUGUUAUUUUCAACUCCCAAGAAAGCCGAGAACUUGGUGUCGUUUGAAUAAUUGAUUUAUUCUAAUGUCGCAAAAAUACAUUGUGAAUUUAAAAGCAUAAA